AUGGCCGACAAGGAUGCUUUCUCUGUCCCUUCCUGGGACGGCUCUGCCAAAAGCUGGCGCCGCUACACGCGGGAGGUUUCAUGGUACUUCAGGGCUACGCCCAUCUCCAAGCGGCGAUAUGUCGCCACCAAAUUGCUGAGUCGCCUGACGGGACCAGCAAGGUUGCUUGCGAUGUCAUGGAGCGACAUGGCCCUGGACGAGUAUGACGGCACGAAGGUUCUCUUGCAGAGGCUAGCUGCCUCCCCGCUUGUGAGGAGAUCGAUUCCAAAUGCCUCGGCCAUUUGUGGUCAAUACUUUGGCUUCCAACGAAAGCCUCACGAGGCGAUGACGUCCUUCCUCGUCCGAGAGGCUCUUGGCUACAGCGAGUUCGUUGAGGCCUUGGUGAGAUUGGCUGAGGAGAAGAGAGGUGUGAAGCAGGAGGAUAAGGACUUUGGCUUGCCUCCAGAAGAGCCUGACUAUGAGGACGGCUAUGACUAUAACCAGGACUAUGACUGGUCCUCAUGGCAUGCUUGGGGUGAGUGGCCGCUCGACGAUGAGAACGUUGAACAGCCUGAGGAGGGUGACUUCGACCCCAAUGCACCGACGGCUCAACCAACAUCCCUGCCGAGCGCUUCGACCAGAGCUGCUGCUGAAAGUGGUUCACCUCAACAUGGUGGAUAUCAUCGAGUUCCACAGGACAUCUCGCCCAGCCGACGCUCAGCUGGAGUACAACCCUCUCAAUCUGGCCUCGCUGAUGAUCUGUCAGAUCUGAGCUUCGCUGACUCCUUCGUGCUUGGAGUCCUUAGGGGGUUCCGGCUUCUCCAAUCGGCCGGACUGUCAGCUGAGGAGCGUCGUGACAUCCUUUCAGCAACUCAUGGUUCCCUGGACUUUGAGGAGGUGAGCCGUGCUUUGCAGACUCUCUGGGACGAACAGUUCAUUGGUGCUCGAGCUCAGGUGUCGCACGUCUCCAACUGGCACGAGAUGGCCGUGGUGGAAGAUCCUGAACCUCAUCAUGAUGACUGGUCAUGGGAUGCCUUUCAAGCUGAAUGGCAAGGUGACGAUUGGCCAUCAUGGGAUUGGUCUGAGGUCAACUAUGCCCACGAGACUGUGGAUGACAAGGUCGACCAGGCCGAGGACGACGAUGAGAUCAAGGAGGCCCAGAAAGCCGAGAAGAUGGCCGAAUCUCUGGCCCUGGAAGCUCAACGAUCUUGGGCAGAUGCCCAGAAGGCCACGGCGGCCCUCCGACGUGAUCGCGGUUUUGGACAUGCUGCUCCCACAUCGGGAAAAGGCCGUGGCCCCUGUUUCAUUUGCAAUGGACCUCACCUGUCUCGCGAGUGCCCCGACCGUCGACAUCCUGGUCCUUUUAAGGGAAAAGGAAAGUUCAAACACCACUACAUGACGGAGUAUGACCCGUACAUGAUGGAGGACUUCAUGAUGGGCAAGAAGGGUGGCAAGAAAGGAAAGCAAUCUCAUUGGUUGGAGGCCCAAGCCUGGCACAAAGGCAAGGGCAGCCCGACACGCUUCAAAGGUAAAGGUCCUAGCCCUCGACCACCUGUCAAUGCCUACAACUCUGAAGUCUUCUUCGGUGGCCUUGAGAUGCAGGCCCAAGAGGCCGGAGCGCCACAGCCUGCGCCUUCUUUGCCGGCAACACAUGGUUUGCUGGAUUGCGGGGCGACGGCGUCUGCCGGUCCCCAGUUGGCCGUAGAGAACUUGGUUUCUGCAAUCCUUGCCAAGGACAGCAAGGCAGUGAUUCAAGUCCGCAAGGAUGAUAGCCUUUCAAUUCGACGUCCCCUGAUCGCUCUUGCCAUGUCCCGCAACCGAGCUGCUCUCACAGAGAAGGAGGGGAACCUGAUUUGGGACAUACGCGGCGGCGCAGCCGAUCUCCGGGAGCGCCUGACGGGCAGCCCGGACAAGCAGGAGCCUCGACCUUUCGACGAGGGCCGUGCAGUGGGACCGGACAAUCGCGAUCCGAGGUGGAGUCCGGAUCAAUGGCCAUGCUACGGGGAGCACAUCGAGGACACCUGGAAGGCCAAUCCUCAUGCCAAGUAUCUGCACUGUGCCACGUGCAACCUGAGGCUGCGCUAUGUUCCUCGACACGGAUCCCAUGGGCAGAGCUCCAAGGUGCAGAACCCCACGAUGAUCCUCCGGAUGCUGACGACCCUGAAGGAAAGGAUGAACUCGGCGCGACCAUCUGCCGCAAUUUGCCUGGCCAUGGAGAAGGCUAUCGAUGCCGAGGAGACCCUGUCCACCCUGAUCGGACGUCAGAUGAUUGCCCUGGACAAGGAAAAGGAGCGCGAGAAAGACAUCAAGGGCUACAAGACUGCUCCACCGUCCAAGGGUGCAUCCAAAAGCAAGGCCGCUCCGUCAAGUUUGACCUCGAGCUGGGACGUGGUACCGACCACACCACCGAGCCCGCACAAGGAUCCUCGGAAGAAGACAUUCCGGGAGCUCGACCUGGAGGACCUGCUGAAGGAGGAGGAGAUGCAGCAACUCAUGAAGCUGCUGGAGGAGCAUGACCACAUCCUCGACUACCACAUCGCCCCUGCCGAGAUCUAUGGCUGCGCGGCUGCUCCUCAUGGCUACAACUUUGAUGACCGCUAUGGCACCCACAACUAUGAACUUCCUGAUGGAUGGAAGGGAUGGCGACUUUGGUUCAGCCUCCCACGCACGAAAUGGUGUCGGUGGUCACAUCUCAACUACCGGACCGAAGAAGGUCGUGCCCAACUGGAAAAGUACCGCCGGCGUGAGAGAAGGAUGCUAUGGAUGGCGGCUCACUUCAUCGAGGAGAUCCUCAACGAGGAUGAGGAGGUGGACAUCUACUUUGAAUGGCCCUGGCCCUGUGAAGGCUGGAACCAACACCCCAUCGAGUACAUCCACAAGAUCCUGGCCAAUCACGGACGUGAAUGGCUCCCAUGCCGGAUUGACGGCUGCAACUAUGGGCUUCGAGCUUCUGAUGAAUCCGGUGGCUUCCUCAAGAAGCAGUGGCGUGUCAUGACCACCAACGAGCAGUUCCACAGCAAGUUCAAAUGUAAGGUAUGUCCUGGAGGCCACAGCCAUACUUGGAUUCAAGGCAUUGAAACUGCCAAGAGCUCCUACUACCCAUGGAGACUAUGCAAAUCCAUCGCUUUGGCCUGGCGACAGGAGUAUGUGUCCGACCGGAACCUCAAGCUCGUCUUUGCCCAGGAAGAUCAGCCUGAAAUGAUCACACUUGAAGAAGAGCUUCACCAUUUGGAGGAGCUACCUCAUGUACUACCUGCCUUACAAGAGGAACCAUCCUCGAGCUCUUCGUCACUGAGUCCUUCGAAAGAGGAGCUUCAAAAGUGGCAAGCACGGCUGUCACACUUCCACAAGGCAGCUGGACAUCCCACAGCUCGGAACCUGGCCAGACUGGUCCGUGAUGCAGGCUGUCCGGCCUGGAAGGUUCAAACCGCUCUUGAACACCAAUGCGAGACCUGCAAGUCUCUCAAGAUGGGCGGAACUUCAUCAGGACAGAUUCCACCUGCUGCAACUCAUCCACUUCCUGGUGCCUGGGAACGCAUUGGCCUUGACACCGCUGAAUGGCUCGUUCCAGGACAACAGAAGAAAGCACGCUUCAUCCUCAUCAUUGACCUCGCUACCAAGCUCCGUGCGGUUAAGCUCAUCAAGGAGUACCCUGAACUGGCAAUGCAGCCAGAAUCCUCCGAAGAGAUCAUUGAAGGUCUUGUACAUGGCUGGCUGGCGCACUUUCCGAAACCCAAGCUCAUCGUGGCGGACAACGCCAAAAGCUUUGUCAGCGCCCGCUUCCAUGAGUUCUGUGAGGCAGAAAACAUCCAGCUGCACUUCCCACCAGAGAAGGAACCCUGGAGUCAUGGCAUUGUGGAGGCUGCCGUUGCUGACAUCAAACAUGUUGCAAAUGCUAUACAACUUGAAGCCUUGGACAACACACCAGCUCUUUCCCUCACCUUGGCUGCCUCCGCCUUGAAUGGAACAGAGUUCACUGCUGGAUACUCUGCGCAUCAAUGGGCCUUUGGCGCUCGCUAUGCCAUCUCCGACGAAGACAUUCGGGUAUGGAAUGCCAUUGACCCCAAGGAGGACUUUUUGCGAAUCUCCAAGGCACGAGCAGAGGCUGAAGAGAUCGCGAGACGAUCGCGUGCGAAAAGGGUGAUGAGCAAACUGACCAACACCACGGUCAAACAACCUCUGAGGACCUACAGUCCCACCGACCUCGUGAUGAUCUGGCGCAAAGUCCAAGCUGGCGAACAGCAUCAAGGUGGUCAAGACGCACCUCAAGCCCGACUACAAGAGCACACAUCGAUCAAGUCACCAAAGCCUCAGCAGUACCUUCCACAGCCUGAGAUCCCUAUGGCGGACUACACGCCCACAGAACCACCUGAUCCUGGUGAACUUCAGGAACGAAUGGAUGACGUCGCUGACAAGUCAGAAGCCGUGAACGACUAUGACAACCCCGACCUCGAAGCUCCAGAAGCCAAAAAGGCCAAGCUGGACCAUCGAACAGAAUAUGACCUCAAGUGGCUUGAACAGCUCCACGCAGAAGCUCAACAAGAAGUCACCCAUGAAGAUCUGUUCACCUUCCUCCAAUCCUAUGAAGGUGACUGUCUGCACAUCGAGCUGGACCUGAACUUCAAGAACAGGCGAGAUCGCCGCAACUUUCAGCUGGACCCCGCCCUGUACCUGACCAAGAAGCUGAACUCUGCCGAGGUGUCGCUCAAAGCUCUGGGACCCGAUGACCUCAUCCUCUUCACCAGAGCUAAGGCGAUCAUCAAUGAGUGCCGUGCCCAAGCCACCUGUCUGGAGUUCAGUCGUUUUGAUGACUGUGAGUCUUGGGACCAAGUCGUUUUUGUGGGAAUGGGUGAUCAAGCCCACUCGAAUAGAGAGAAAGGGGGAAGCACUGGUGGGAUGGUGAUCCUGGCAUCUUCUCCCAAAUGCCUGGAUGGAGCGGUGAGCAAGAUGUCGCUGCUAGCUUGGCGCACCUGGAAGCUGAAGCGCCGUGCGGUGGGAUCAAACGACGCAGAAGUGCAGUCGAUUCGAGACCGAGGAUGUCCUGUUCCGCUCAAGGGUGCUUUGGGCAGAGCUCCAUGGCGCUGGGAAGCACGUUUGACAAACCUCCGAGCGGCCCUUCAAGCAUUUCAAUUGCGCGACAAUUUGCGUCGCACGGGCUGCACGUUGAGGUGGGUAGCGUCGGAUUACGACUUAGCCGACGGGCUCACAAAGAAACGCCCCGAGGCGAAAAUGCAGGAGGAGCAUCUUCAUCCAAGGUUGGAUGGCUGGUUACCGGUGAAGUACUUCAUCAAGGCCGUGAAGAUCAACUACUCAACCUGCGACAUCGAAGAGCUGGAGUUUGACCGGGGUGUUUCGAUGCCAUCUUGGGCUGCUGAAUUGGCACCAUCGGGCCCAGGUGAAGCAGGCAGUUACAUGGUGAAGAACCUUGAGGCUCUCAUCGCGAACUGUCGGAAGCGCAUGGCCGAAAUCAAUGAGCUGAAGGCUGCAGCUGACAAUGGCCAGACUCUGACAGAGGAAGAACAGCAGAAAGUUGAUCAGUAUGGCGCCGUUUACAUUGAGCUGCAGUCGCUAGAACAGCGCUUCCGGCAGCACAAGGGUUAUCGGCGAGAAUCAACUCAGGAGAAAGAGCUUCGCGCAAAAGAAGAAGCGGAGGCCGCGACGGUUGUGCAGCGAAAGGACAGAGCUGCAACGCCUCCUUGGGAGAAGGGCAGGACAAGUAUUGAGUCGACAACAUUCAAAGCCACAGACAAAGAGAAGGCAGAGUGGGCUGCCCUUGGGAAGCGAAGGGAACAUGCUGCCGAGAAGAAAGAAACAAAGGAAGUGGAGAAGGAUGAUCCAUGGGCAGCUUUGGGUCGAGGGCGGCUGAAUUCCAUGAAUGGCCAGCAGCCCUCCACUCCGUCUGCUGAGAAGGCACCUGCAAAACCAUCAACACCAUCGGGAGCCACAGGCUCAGAGAGCUGGCGAUUUGGUGCGAAACCGGAGACAACGCCGGCAUCAAAACCAGGUCCUCCUCGCUUCUUCAACUCCAAGCUGCAGCAGCAAAAGGAACAAAAAGAAAAGAUGGAGAAGGAAAUGGCUGCCGAAAAAAGCAAAGACUCAGGCUCUUGGCGUGACCGUGAUUCGAAUUGGCGAAGCCGUGACGAGCAGAAGGACCCACCAAAAGAGAUGGCAAAGGGUGACACUGCACAAACGCCAGCUACAUCCAGCAAUGCCCAGAUGCAAACUGCACAGCAAAUGCAGAGUGGCAUGGCAGGUCCAGCUCAGCAGUUUGGAGGAUGCUAUGGAGGAAUGCAACCUUUCCAGGCAAAUCCACAGGCGAUGACCAUGAAUUCCGGCAAUUGGAUGGGACAAAUGAAUCCACAGAUGAUGAUGCAGCAGCAAAUGAUGAUGGCACAAUCAGCUCCAGGGCACGGAGGAUGUGGUAUGUGCGGAGGGUGCUGUGGAGGCUGUCCAGGUUGCCAGGGUGGCUGUCAGGGCUGUCAAGGUGGCUGCGCAGGCUGCCAAGGCGGCUGCCAAGGCGGUUGCCAAGGCGGUUGCCAAGGCGGUUGCCAAGGCGGCUGCCAAGGCGGUUGCCAAGGCGGAUGCCAAGCUGGCUGCGGCGGAUGCUAUGGUCAAGGCUGCUACGCCCAAGGAGGUUGUUGUGGCUAUGCCCAGGGUGGUCAUGGCUAUGGUUGCUGCGCUGGUGGAGGCUGCACUGGAGGCUGCACUGGUUGCUGCCCUCAAAGCUGUGGAGGCUGUUGUGGGGGUUGUGGCUGUGGCUGCCGUCCAGCCUUCUGCGGUGGCUGUGCACCACAGGGCCAACAGGGUUGCAGUGGCACACAGGGCUGCGGUGGUUGUGGAAAAGGAGACGGAGGGAUGGAGAGAGGUUCCAAUUGGAACGAGGAGAGAUGGAAGGACGAUAGAGGAGAUGGCUCGAACUGGAAAGGACAGGACGACGCCGGCAAGAAGGGUCGAGGCAAGGGCAGCAUCAGUGGACAAGGCGGCCAAGGCAAGAGCAGCAGCAAAGAUCGAGGCAAGGGUGGCCGCUUUGGUCGUGAUCGACCUUCGGGUGAUGACGAAUGGGCAGCUCUAGGCCGUAUGAGAAAUGCCGCUGCUAGCUGA